UCAGAGCUGUCAGAAAUUUUCAUUUAGCGAUACAAAAAUCCUUGAACACACAACUCCGGAACAAACGUUGCAAAGAAGUUGCCCAAAACUCCCGUUCGGUUCUCUCGCUGUUUCGUGUCAAUCGGUGUUUCCUACUCCGUUCAAAGUGGCCGCGAUCAUCAGCCAGGCGAUGCCGGAAACGGUAGAAGGUGCUGAGGUGCCCAAGACAAAGCGCCCCUCGGAUUCGGCCUUCAAGCAGCAACGGCUGCCCGCUUGGCAACCUGUCCUCACCGCUGGCACAGUUCUGCCAGCAUUCUUCCUUAUCGGCAUCGUGUUUAUACCAAUCGGGGUGCUACUGCUGAUCUCAUCGAAUUCGAUAACCGAGUUCGUGUACGAUUACACGCACUGCGUGUCGGAUACGGGGAAUCAAACAUGUGCCGAAAUCAUCAGCAGAAGCUCGAACAAGGGCACGGAUUGUGAAUGCACCAUAGCGUUCGAGCUGCCGGAGGAUUUCCUCGGCAAGGUGUACCUCUAUUACGGGAUGACCAACUACUAUCAAAACCAUCGACGGUAUGUGAAGUCACGCGACGACGACCAGCUGCUUGGCCGAUUGUCCUCCACGCCAUCCAGUGACUGUGCACCGUUUGCGUACAUAGACGAGGAGGAACAAAAACCGAUAGCACCGUGCGGUGCGAUAGCGAACUCGCUGUUCAGCGACCGAUUCGAGAUGUACUCGGUUACGCUCGACCGGAAAGUGCCGCUGUUGCAAACCGAGAUCGCCUGGCCAUCAGAUCGGCAGAUCAAGUUCCGCAACCCGGACGGUGAUCUCGAGGAGGCCCUGCGGGGCUUUUCCAGCCCGAAGGCAUGGAACCGCCCGCUGUGGGAGUUGGACAAGACGAACAAGGACAACAACGGUUUCCAAAACGAGGAUCUGAUCGUGUGGAUGCGGACAGCGGCACUGCCGACCUUCCGGAAGCUGCACCGCCGCAUUGAUCACUCGCAGGACGGGUUCCAGGAGGGGCUUAGCAAGGGGAACUACACGUUCAAGGUUAUGUAUUCCUACUCGGUCAUUGAGUUUGAGGGCACCAAGAAGUUCAUACUCUCCACGACUUCGCUGCUGGGUGGUAAGAAUCCGUUCCUUGGGUUCGCCUACAUCAUCGUCGGCAGUGUUUGCCUGCUGCUAGGACUGGUACUGCUUAUCAUUCACGUAAAGUGCAAUAAAACUAACGGCGGCAUCAGCAACGUUCAUCAGCGGUCGUCUUCGCGCCCCUAGGAGUUACUGUGCCUCAACAGUUAAUUAUAAUUUUGGCUUCGAUUGGCCAAUCUUUUCUAAAAUGUUUGCCCCCCUACAAUGCCCGUUACUUUUGUAAUUAAUUUUAUUCCGAGCAUUUAUGCGCUUUCGCUCUACCUAAGUACUUCACUUUUUGAGCUCGCCAGCAACUUAUUUCAAACUAAACGAUUAAGCCGAUUAAGCGAGGCAGAAUUUUAGCUUUAUUUUGUUUAAUUUCCUAAAUCAAACCACUAGAUUAUUGUGUUUGCUCUCGUUACAUGCUUGUUGUUAUUGAUUUAGCAUCGUUAUGAUUAUCCAUUCCAUCCAGCCCUGGCAGAAAUGAUACCGGUUAGGCUAAAUGUUAUCCGCAGUCGUGGAGAUACGCUUUGAAGUAGCAGCGCUUCAGCUUGUAUCAUUUUAGCAGGCGGAAACGUCGACAAUCGAAGCAGACGGAUCUAAAUUUGCUUUUUAACACUAGAGACAGACGGAUUAUACAACCCCAGGAUCGAUAGAUGCAGGGCCGAUGAAGCCAGUUAGGGAUCUAUAGUUAUGUGCUGACGCAUAAAGGUAUCUGCUGAAGCAUUUGCCAAGUCGCCACAUCGAUACAGCGGUUCCAAGGUCAGCAUACACUUGUGCCGACGCAGCACAUCACACAGAUGCAGCAUGCAGACCUUCAUCUCCCAUCCAUAAUUCUAUAUCGUACUUUUAGCAUGGUAGAUGGAAUAAGGGUUCGUUUUUUUCAAUGCUGAUAAUUCUUGCGAAUGGGUAUGGCUUGGCUCGUGUAGUUAUUUUACAAAAAAAAAACAAAAGCAAAACUAGCGCUCCGCACCCAUAUCGUUAUGUUUGAAACGCACGCUCGUGCGCUUAUCCACACCUAUCAUAGAGAUAAAGCUGCACACACAGUUUUCUUAUUCUACAAAGUGUCCUUUGAUGAAACCAUUGUGCGAUCACAGCCGACAAAAGGCGUUUGAAUGUCCUAAUGUAUGUGUGAAAGACAAAAUUACCAAAAAGCGUAAGAUAUAGGCUAGCUAGUGACAGUUGCAGUGAUUCUGUUGGUGUGAAAAAUUGCGCGCUACAAUGGUGCAGCCAGAAAAACAGAGUGUGUCCAUGGAGGUUUUCGAUCAAACAGCUCCAUCGUAAAUGUUCACACCAGAAGAAUUACCGCUUUAGUGGGGUUUAGGUCCUCGCGCAGAUAAAAUGAGAAAUAUUCGAUGGAGACCAUGAUCAACUUUAACCUAUGAUAUCUGAUGAUGGUCGCCGUACGGAUUAAGUAUUAUUCAUAAAAAACCUGCAUAAGAUGAAUAACAUUUGGGUAAUUCUAAACGUGUAAGGGAUAUGAAACUAUAGAGUGUUGAUAGUAAAUCUAUAUGAUAUAUAUUAGAAGCAAUAAAAUAUUGUUGUGAAACCGUUU